AUGGGCUUCUUCGAUUAUGUGUCCGACCUCUAUGCCGCCCUGAGCGUGCAGGAGGUCCAGGCCGAGGAGCCGCAAAAUGAUGAGAACGAUGAGGGAUCCGAAGGCGAGGAGGAGAAGCCAGAAGAGAGCAGCGAAGGAGGCGAGGAAGCCGACGACUCCGAGGGCGGCGACGAGGGAGGCGAUGAGGAAGAAGAGGAGGAGGAAGAGGAAGAAGAAGAGGAGCCUGAGGACCUGAAGCCCAAGCUCGAGGAGGAGUGCUUGAAGACCGCCCAAUGUGCACCACUGAAGCACCACUACGAGGAGUGCUCUGAGCGCGUAAAGCACCAGGAGGAGCAAUAUGGCAAGCCUUCGGAAGACUGCGUUGAGGAGUUCUUCCAUAUGAUGCACUGCGCCAGCCAAUGCGCCGCACCAAAGCUUUUCCGCCAGCUACGAUAG